UUCAACGGCGCUGCACGCACGUGGAAACCGAACUAAAAUAAAUAUCAAGUAAAAACAUUUUAGUGUUUACGGAACCGUGAAAUUAAACCUAAAAAUCCUAUUUCGAAACUCAAAGUGUCCAAUAAAAUAAAAGUAUACUAGUUUAGCAAUAAAGCGGUGCGUUCGCGAUGGUGGCGCGACCGCAAAUGGCGGCCAUCUUGCUAUUUAUCGCCACGUGGGUAGGGUUAUGUUUUGGUUGCGAUGAUGACAUGGCUGUUUACAAAGUGACAAUGAAGUUUUUGUGGAGUGAGGAGGUGUUCCCUAAGGAUUAUCCCUUGUAUCGGCCGAAGGCGCAAUGGUCACCAGUUUUUGGGCAAUCUCACAAUAGCUCUUACCAGCUUUACCACAUCGGUGAAGUAGCUAGAAAAUCUAUACGAACCUUUGCCCAAUUUGGUAAUCUGGAUGACCUAGUUAAGGAAGGUGAUGAUGAAGAGAGGGUCUACGAUCAAUUCUCAGCUUCGGCUAUUAGUGAAGGAACUGGAGAAACGGAGAACAUGGUUUUUGUUGAUGGAGAUCAUAGUUUAAUUUCAGUAAUAUGUCGUAUCAUCCCAUCACCCGACUGGUUUGUAGGAGUGGACAGCUUAAAUCUAUGUGUCGAUUCAUCGUGGGUGGACCAAAUUACACUGGACCUGGAGCCACUAGACGCUGGUGCUGCCAGUGGUCUGACCUUCACAGCUCCUCGCUGGGAGACUUCACCCCCUGAACCCGUGACCAAGCAUGGACCUCGUCAUCCUAACCAUCCCGCUGCUGGUUUCUAUUAUCCAUUCUUGAGGGAGUUGCCAGCUAUUGCCAAAGUAGAGUUUUCGAAGGUUAAGGAGUAUACGACAAAAGAACUAAACGAUAUGGCACGUAAAGAGCUUCUUCUAAGCCUCAAACAGAAAGACAAACGUAAAGGCACUCCGCGAAGGAAAGUAAACUUGGUCGAAGAUUAUCAACCAAUACCAAGGGACAUUACCACCAAGAGUGAUGUAGAACAGCUGAAAGAUCUGGAAGAGGACGCAGUGCCUACAUCUAAGUACGAUGAAGAGGAAAAUAAUGUUGUUGUUGUAACUCAAUCGCCUUUCAGAACCACUACUGUCCGAGAAUUCGACUCCGGCCUCGAAAAUAUGGACGACGUAGUAUUGGCAGUGGCUCAUGGAAGAAAGUUAGGCCUGGGCAAGCAUCUCCCUCGACACUUCAGAUCUCGUCUGCACCACGCUGUCAACAGAAUCCAACCGGAAGACUGUCUGGUAACAGAAUGGAGCGAGUGGUCAUCCUGCUCCGUCACCUGUGGGUUCGGAAACAAGUAUCGCCACCGACGCGUGAUCAGAGAGAAAAGGAAGAAGGGCCGGGACUGUCCCGCUCUAACAGAAAGGAGGCACUGCGGAAAUAUCAACUCUUGCACACACAUUGAUUACUUUGAAUGGUGAAAAUUUUGUGGAUUUAAAUCGUAGAUACACACACUUAAUUUCACUUCAGUUAAGUGGCCUAUAAAUUACCUAAGGGCCUCACGACAUAUAGCUCAGGACAGGUUUUCAAAUUCGAUCUUGGUUUGAGCGAUGCAUAAUUUAUAAUAGCAUUAUUUGUGAGUGUAAC